GACCAAUCAGAAAAAACCACGAAAAGAGACGUACGAAAGAUUCAGAAAGAUGGAUUGUGGUUCUGUCAAAUGAUUAUUUUGUAUUGAAAUUGAAUUGUUGUGAAUUAGCCAUAAAGACUGCAGUAAUUACAUUAACUUUUAAUAAUGGACUACUUAGUGAAUAUCAACUGGAACAAAGUCACGCCAUGCCUUGUCUUAUUAGUGCUAGAAGUAAUGUUAGAAUUUUCAGAAUGUGCGACGCCGGCGGAGGUUAACAAACACUUGGAGCUGGGCCGCGACUUUCUGGCGCGGGGGCAGCUCUCUGAUGCCCUGACACACUAUCACGCCGCCGUAGAAGGAGACCCACACAACUACCUCACAUACUUCAAACGCGGCACCGUGUACUAUGCACUGGGGAAAGCUAAGUUUGCUCUACAAGACUUCACUAAGGUAUUGGAGAUAAAGUCUGACUUCACAGCGGCGCGCCUGCACAGAGCUAACGUGUACCUGAAGCUGGCACAGUACACAGAUGCCAAGGAGGAUUACCUACAAGUCACGUACGCGGAGCCUUACAACGAGGAAGCCAUAAGCCAGUACCACAAGAUCGACGAGUACAUCGAAGAGUUCCGGCUGGCGGAGGCGUACUACCGCGGCGGGGACUACCGCGCCGCCGCCGACGCCGCCACGCGCCUGCUCGACGUGUCGCCCUGGUCGGCGCAGCUCCGCCAGCUCCGCGCAGAGUGCUAUAUCGCGCUGAACGACCUAUUCUCAGCGGUGUCAGACAUCCGCUCCGUGAACCGGCUGCAACAGGACUCUACUGACGGGUACUACCGACUCGCUACACUUUUGUACAGACUUGGGCACGUCAGCGACGCAUUAAAGGAAAUCCGAGAAUGUCUGAAAUUGGACCCGGAGCACAAGAAGUGCUUUCCGUUCUACAAGAAGGUGAAGAAGGUGGACAAGCUACUGCUGGAGUGUGAGGAGUUGAGUGAGGCGAGAGACUACGCGGGCUGUGUGGCGGCUGCUAAUAAGGUGCUGAAGAUCGAGGAUGAAGUCACGUUAGUUGUGUUCGAGGCCAGGAAGUGGCUCUGCAGCUGCUUGUCCAAGGACGAGCAGCACACCGAAGCACUGGCGGCCUGCGGCUCGGCGCUGGAGCUGCAGCGCGACGCGCGGGUGCUGUGCGACCGCGCCGACGCGCUGCUGGGGCUCGACAUGUUCGAUGAUGCCAUCCAGUCGUUCAAGGAAGCGUUAGAGUUAGAGGAGGGACUGCAGCGAGCGAAGGACGGCCUGAGCCGAGCGCAGAAACUGCAGAAACAGUCCGAACAGAGGGACUACUACAAAAUAUUAGGAGUUAAGAGAUCAGCAAGCAAGCAGGAGGUGAUCAAGGCGUACCGCAAGGCGGCGCAGAAGUGGCACCCCGACAACUUCCAGGGCGAUGAGAAGAAACUCGCGGAGAAGAAGUUCAUCGACAUCGCCGCCGCUAAGGAGGUGCUGACAGACCCCGAGAAGCGUGCGAUGUUCGACGCGGGCUCGGACCCGCUGGACCCCGAGGCGGGCCGCGGCCAGCCCGGCGGACCCUUCCACAACCCCUUCCACCACUUCCAGCACGGCUCGCCCUUCCAGUUCAAGUUCCACUUCAACUAACACCAGGACUUACGUCUACUGCACACUCGCCGCCUUACAACACACUCAGUAAGCUGUCCAUACAGACACAAUGCGAACUACGCCUCCGCAGCCAUGUAAGACAGUACUUUUAUAAAUAACGUACAUAUAAUUAUUUAAAAAACGAAUAGAUGUGAGAAUACGUCAUCAUGUAAUUCGAUAACCCAUUCAGUGCCUUUUCUUUAUAAGACAUACCAUUUAUCUUGACGAAUGUCUUAAAGUGGCAACACUGAAUUCAAAGUCAGCGGUCUAUAAAGGCGCGGCUCCACCGCAGUGCACGCUGUGCACGGACACGCGGCGCAUUUUAGCUGCGUGUAUUCAUUUGUUUGACAACGUGGGUCUACGUUUCCACUGAAGUACAGGAAUAUGACCCACGACUAUGUAUAGCGUGGCACGGCGCACGGGUAGACCCACGCUGACUGCGUUGAGCUACGUAACGGCUUACAACAACUGCUCUGCGAUAACCGAGCUGUACAUAGUCGUGGGUCUUAUUUGUGUACUCCAGUGGAAACGUAGACCCACGUUGACAGCGUUGAGCUAUGUAACCGCCUAUUCGAGCAAGCCACGCGUGUAUCAACGACGUCAAUUCAUGCGUAGCCUCUCCGUGGGUUGCAGUGGACACAACCACAUACAUUUUCUUACAAAGCGAAGCUUAAUACACGUGCGUAGCCUCUCCGUGCACCGCGGUGGGCCCGCGCCUUAAUGAACAGUUUACUGCGUGUGUGUAUUCCUGUGUGAGUGCGAUGCCAUAGCUCGGCGACUAUCCAAGACUGCGACAGAACUGUACAUUGCGUACUUCGUGAACCUAAUGUAACUGUGAUAUAAUAAUGAAUAUCAGUUGUUAUCAUUCACUACUCUUGUCUAAAUCAACUAGUUCUGUCGCCCACCGAAUUGUAAAUAUUGUGUAAUUUUAUAAAUCGAUCCUAGCUUACAAUACAUUGUGGGGUUUUAUAAACAGGCUUUUUGUCAUUAUAAUGGGUAGAGCUAAGCGGUCGAGCUAACUCCUACUUUACACAUUGUAAUGAUGACACGUGCUACUGCAAGCCAAUCACAAAAUUAAGCUAUACGAGAAAUAUCAUGAAUUUAUACUUAUUAGUUGGGAACAAAUGUUUUUGUUCUUGUACUUUACUUUGAUCUCCAAAAUAAUUUGAAGAUUGUUAAAAUUAAUUAAAUCAACGAAGAUUGCCAGCUCAUUAAGCUAUGAAUUUGUAUGCUUUUAAAUAAUUUUAAUUGGCGAAAUCGCAUCAUUUGGAUUGUUUUCUUACUAAUGAUAUUAACACUGCAAACCUGCCUAUAAAAUGUGUAAAAACUAGUAUUCCUACUACGUGAGCUAUAAAAUACAAUUUAGAAGAUAUUUCCGAGCCCGCGCGGUGUGUCUCUAUGUGUGAGAUGCGCCGACACAAGUGCCCUUCUCUGAACAGAGACAAUAUCAAUGCAGUUACAAUGUUAAGUUUAUUGUAUACGUGUGGUGUCGACAUGCCUGUUGUUCAACACAUUCAGCCUUGUCACUGCAGCAACUAAUAUGAAAUGUUCUACCUCGGGUUUUUCGCUGGUAUAUCAUAAUUGUCUGUAAUGAAUGGUAUCACUCAGCCGUGGCCAGUUGUACAUUUGUAUAAUCACCUGCCAAUGUUUUGUCCAAAGUAGGUUCAGUCGGAAACCAAGACUUUAGCCAAUGUUGGUCCAAAUAAUAACGAAAUAUUCAAAUGUUUAAGAUACAAGGGUUUUUGCUUUACGCAUUAACAGUCGAUAAAUAAAUAUUUAUUUACUAAUAAGUUAUUUUGUUGUGAUUUCUUGUAACUUUGUAAAUAUUAUAGGAAUAAUAUAAGAUAGUGUAAAACGUU